UUGAAUUUCAGUCUGCAAAAGUAUCUACAGUGUGUCGGUUGAGUUAAUCGAAAUUCGCGGCGAUUGUUUUUCCUUUACCGUAGUGGUGCUGUAGAAGAGCAUUAUAAUAACAAUAAUAAAGCCGAUGACGCGCGGUAAAAGCGGAUAGCAACAUUUCGUAAUAAAAAUUCUAAGUUUUCUUAUCGUCAGUGCAUUCUCAAGUGAGCGGCGCAGAGUAGUAAAGCAGCAAAGUGUGUGAUUGUGAAAUGCAAAUGAAAUGAACUCUUUUUCGUUGUCGCCAUCGAUCGAAUUGGAUCUGAAGUGUGCCACUUUGUGACUAUUUUAGAGCUGUCCACAUUCAAACACCGUACGGCGGGGGGAAAGUAAGGGAAAGAGUGUAGAAGCGAGAGCUUUACUUGCACACUGCUACAUAUGUACAUACACGACAUAAGCGCAUACAACUUCAAAUAAAAAACUGAUGCUCCUUCAUUCAAGUCUUUUUCCCCAAAAAUCUUCUUGCAAGAAAAAUGCACAUUUGUGGAAAUCAUUGAGUACUUAAAGAAUUCUCCAAAAUACAAGUGGCAACUGAGUGCUGCUGAGUGUGUGUUGAAAGUGUGGAAAAGCAAACAACAAACAGCAACAGCCGGAAAAAACAUACUCAAUUUGUUGCUGUUAUUCUUUCUUAAAGGGCAUUGUGAAAACAAUCAAAUUUGCUUUAAAGAAAAAUAUUUGAAGAUUAACGAAAAAAUAAAUACAAGAAAAAAAGAAAAAAAUUAAUUCGACGACAUUCACCAGCAGUUUUGGUAAAACUACAAUAACAACAACAAAAUUCGUGGCAACAAGUUGUACACGUUUGGCACGAUGGAGGGCGGCUAUGUGAACGAAGUACCACAAAUUACAACUGUAUGUGGCCAACUUAAAACCAAAAACGGACAAAAAUAUGUAUUCAACGGUCCUCCAUCCGGUAUCUAUGUGACCCGAACAUGUGUGUUCUUCACUGCGCUAUUGGCGCUUGUGGCGCUCAUCUUCACCAUACUCAUAACAUAUUUCUUAACAGCGAACUCCGCGACGACGCCAAGCUGCUUAAAUGGCAACUCCAACAAGAAUGCUCCUCCAUUGGCUUUAUCAUCCAAUAUGAACAACCCACAGUACAAUUCGACACCAGUAGGUGUAGCCAGUAUGUUUGGAAUGGCGCCACCCACAUCGAGUCCCACAACAAGGUAUGACACCUUGGCGCCAAUAGCACCCAUCGGUGACAUUAACGUACCGCCAGAUCACGAUAUUUUGGGAACGGAUAAGAGUAAAGUUAUUGAUCGGAAAUUACAACUGCACGAUGGUUGGAGACCGUUGCACUAUAACAUUGUCAUUGAGCCAAAUAUAGUCACCGCCUCCAGUAACGGCAGUAUUGCCAUUGAAGUUCAACGCGAUGCCAAUAUCCCCGUUUUGCUGCCGAUCAUCCUCGAUGUGCAUAAUAUUUCCAUUUCGAAUGUGCGUGUCAUACGCUCGCCCUACAAUGCCUCAGCGGCGGCCGAAGAAAUCGAAUUGGAUUUCGAUGGAAAGUAUGGUGAGAGCAAUUCAACAUUUGUGGUGGCUAUCAAUAAGGGUAUUGAGGAUGAGCAUGAGGUUAAAUUGAUUGUCAGCAUGGAUUUCGUGAGUCAGAUAACGGAUACGUUGCAAGGUGUGUACAGGACCAGCUAUACGAAUUUGGAAAGCAAUAAAAUUGAAUGGAUGGUCAGCACGCAAUUUUCACCAGUCGAUGCACGUCGCGCCUUCCCCUGUUUUGACCGUCCCGAUAUGAAGGCCAACUUCACCAUCAGUAUUAUACGCGAUAAUAAAUUGCGCAUGGCUUUGUCCAAUAUGCCGCUGCAACGCAGUUCUGUCCAUCGUCCUGGUUUCACACGCGACGAUUUCCAAACAUCACCGAAAAUGCCCAUUUACAGUUUUGCAUUUGUCGUUUCGAAUUUGGUCAAAUCUCAUUACUCUGACUUGGAUGCGAACAUGAUACCGCGCGUUGAAAUUUGGACACGUCCCGAAAAUACUGAGAUGACCAAUUACGCCUAUUCAAUGUUGCGAAAAUUCUUGCCCUACUUCGAGGAGUAUUUUGGCGUUAAAAAUCGUUUGGCGAAAAUUGAUAUGGUCUCGAUACCAGAUUUUGGUUUUAGUGCUAUGGAAAAUUGGGGUUUAAUCACAUUUAGAGAUUCGGCCCUCCUUGUACCUGAAGAUCUCGAUAGAGCUUCCUCAUCCGAGCAUAUGGAGCACGUUGCACAAAUUGUCGCACACGAAUUGGCACAUCAAUGGUUUGGCAAUUUAGUCACGCCGAAAUGGUGGGAUGAUUUAUGGCUGAAGGAGGGUUUCGCCAGCUACAUGAGUUACUUGGCAUUGAAUUCGAUACGCCCCGAAUUCCAACUAAUGGACACUUAUACCAUUAACGAAUUCGGUGAUGCCAUGCAACAUGAUGCUGAUAAUAGCUCACACUCCAUUACAUUCGAUGUAAAAUCAACAAAUGAUAUUAAUCGCAUUUUCGAUCCCAUUACCUACUCGAAGGGUAAUAUACUGCUACGCAUGUUGAGCUCGUUUGUGGGAGAUGAAGCAUUCCGCGCGGCGAUACAAGAUCUACUGAAAACGUACGCUUACGCUAAUGCCGAUCGCGAUGAGUUGUGGGAAUUUAUGACACGUUAUGGUCAUGAGCACAAGACAUUGCCUGAUGAUUUGCAUGUGAAAACAGUUAUGGACUCAUGGAUAACGAAACCGGGUUAUCCAGUGAUUACAGUAGAACGUCGUGAAGCUGAUUUGGUGCUGACACAGGAACGUUAUAUGUUGCCGUCGAAGAAUAUGUCCGAUGAUAGUCGUUGGGUUGUGCCGAUUACCUUUGAAACGGAUGAGUUGCACAAAGGUGAUAAUAUACCAACACAUUGGAUGUUGGAGAAUGAUCGACAGAUUGUGAUCAAUGAAGCGUUUACAGCUGAAAACAAUACGGAUAAUGUAGUUUAUGUGAAUUUGAAUCGUCAGGGUUACUAUCGCGUUAAUUAUGAUAUGCCCUCUUGGUUGGCGUUAAAGAAAAAAUUCACCACUCUGCCACGUAUAACACGGGCACAACUUUUGGACGACGCUCUACAUCUAGCGCAAGCUGAAUAUUUAACCUACGAUAUACCACUCACCUUCCUAAUGGAGAUCUUCACAGCCACUGAUGAUGAGCUGCUGUGGCGUUCCGCCCAACCCGGUCUUAAUUAUCUCAUAUUCAUGUUGCAUCGUGAACCGGCAUAUGAAACGUUUAGGGCAUUUAUGAAAUUCAUCGUACGUCCCGCAUUCGAUCGUUAUGGCCUAAACGAACCGGACAAUGAGUCGCACAUACAAUUACAACAUCGUGCCAAUAUCGCACGCCUCGCAUGCAAAUUCAAUUACGAUCGUUGCACGAUGCCAGCGCACCGGAAGUAUCGCGAGUGGAUGAGCGAUGCCAAGCAGAAUCCCAUUAAACCGAAUUUGAAAUCGAUCAUUUACUGCACGGCGUUGGCUGAGGGUUCUUUCCAAGAAUGGUACUUUGCCUAUAAACAAUACAAACGCACUACGAGCGCAUCCGAGAAGGAGCAAAUACUCACUUCAUUGGGCUGCACUACCAAGCCAUGGUUGCUCUCCAAAUAUCUAAAUAUGACUAUUAAUCCAACAUCGGGCAUUUUGAAACAGGAUGGUGAACGUGCUUUCCGCGCUGUUGCAGAGAACCCAAUUGGCUAUGAAAUCGCUUUCGACUUCUUGCAGUCGAAUAUCAAAGAAAUCGCAGAAUACUUCGGCGACGGCUUCUCCACGCUCUCCCAGAUGAUUAAAUCGAUAACAACAUACAUGAACAAGGAAUACCACAAGGAACAGCUGCAGCAGUUCGCCGAUCGUGCACACAAACUAGGACUGACCGCGGUCGAGGAGGCCAUCGGCCUGGCCAUGGAACAAGUUAAUAACAAUAUUUAUUGGCGUGAGCAUUCGUACUAUCAAUUGAAAGGUUUUCUGGAAGCGAUAGUUAGCGAAUUUCGUAUUGAGCCGAAUUUAAUAAUUUAAUCAUUUUCACAACAACAUAAAUUACAUUUCAAAUAAUGGAUAGAGAGGAAAGAAAUAACGAAUGGAGGAAAGUGAAUGAAAAAUGGAGGAUGCAAAAUUAUUUUUGAAAAAUACAUAUGUACAUUUUAGAGUCGCGUAGCUAAAAAAAACCGCGAACUACCAGAAUUUUAUUUGAAUAAUAAAAUUUCUAGGAAAGAAUUUGAAAAUUUACAACACGAAAUUAAUUCUACUGCACAUAUUUCGGUUUCGAUUUUUUUUUUAAUUAAUGCGUUCUUCUGCACUGUAAUAUAAUGUGGUAAACUUUAUCUGAAAGUGCUUAGUAUUUGUAAUAAAUAAGUUAAAAUUAAGUGUGUGAAGUGCACAGGAACUCUGCAGACAUGCAUAUGUAUGUACAUUUAUUUUGUGAGCCGAAAAACAAAUUUACCUUGAAAAAUUUGUAUGGACUCACAUAGAACAUGCACCUACACACUUACUUACAUAUAUAUAAUAUAUGCAUACAUAUAUAAGCAAGCGAUGAAAAAAUAUAUUUUGUAUAAGUUGUUAUUUUGCAAGCAAAGUGAUAUAUUUGUAUAAGUGAACGAACUAUUUUUGUCUCAGCUAAAGUAACUUUUAACUACCAAAUAGGCUUAAAGUGAAAAACGGAUUUCAUUUGGCGUUGAAGCAACGAGUUUUUUUUUUCAAUUCUAAGUUUUUAAUUUUUUUUAUUGGUUUUGAGAUUUUUUUAUUAUUAUUUUUGCCUUGUAAGAUCAUAAUUUUAGUAU